UGAGUCCAGAUCCAGACCAUUUGAUUGGCUGAAGGGACGUUAGCAUAGCAACCGCUUAGCGUCGUCUAGGAUCCUAGCAACAAGAACAAAAAUGGGGGAAGAAGUUGAGCAAGUUUUGUCCAAACGAAUUUUUAUCAACAAUGUUGACAAAUAUUCGUCAAAGUUUAUCGCUAAGUAUCUGUCCACCUGCGUAGCCGGCGAGUCCUCCGAGGAGGCCGAGCCCGAGGAGGAGCCUUCCUCUCGGUCCUCCGAAGGGCAGACAGCCGAGUUAGGGACCUUCAAAAUAGUGGGAACCGUAUCCGCUUCCAGUAAGGAGAAGUUAAGCUUUCUCCAACAUGCAUAUCCCUCACCAAGUCGCGGCGAGUUGCUGGGACACCUCCUACAAUGUGACGUGGUGGUGUACAACAUCUCAGAGAGCACAGCCAGCGACCAAGUGGAAGAGGCCACCUGGGCAUUAACAGAACUUCACAGCAAGAUGGGGAGCUUCCAGUCCCAGAAAUUAUUCAUCCUAGUGUCAUCAGUGAUGACAUGGGCCUUGACCAAGCCGCCCAAGGACGAUCCGGACGCCCAUCUAACGGAUGAAGACUACCGUAGGAGAAGGCCACACCCCAGCUUCAAAGAUCACAACACCCUGGAGAAACUUGUGCUCAAACUGGGCAGGGAAAAGAAGUCGAAGCUCAGCGGAUACGCAGUGGCCAGCGGCCUUCAGUACGGCAGAGGAGAGAACAUCUUCCAUUACUUCUUCAAGGCGUCUUGGUCCAUGCCCCUUGAUAAAUUGCCACUCUUUGGCCCCGGCCUCAACCAAGUUCCCAUCAUACAUAUAAACGACCUUGCAAGUGUGAUUCAAAACACCAUUGACCACAAGCCAAAGAGCCACUACAUCCUGGCUGUGGAUGACUCAAAGAACACACUGGAAGAAAUUGUCAUGAUGAUCAGUGAGACACUUGGGCCAGGCAAAAUCCAAAGGUUACCCAAAGAGGAAGCCAUACUCAUGCGUGCCUUGGAGCCAGAGGAGCUGGAGUGCCUGAGCGUGGACCAGGGGAUGGAGGCCCCCCUGCUGAAGGACCUCUUCAACGUCCGCUGGACGUCUGAGAGCGGCAUGGUGGAGAACAUGGAGCGCAUCGUGAGCGAGUACAAGCACUUCAGGCAGCUCCUGCCAAUUCGAAUCUUCCUCACUGGACCUCCAGCCGUGGGUAAAUCCACCGUCGCCCAGAAGCUGUGCGACUACUACAAGCUGCACCACAUCAAGGUGGAACAGCUCAUCAGGGAGAAGAUCCAGCAACUUGAGGAGAUAUUGAGUUCUGUUGACCAGCCUGAGAACAGUGGUGAAGAUAUGCAGGCGGUGACACAGGAACAACUGGAGGCCAUUCAGGAGAGCUUGGUGAUGGACCAAGGUGUAUUGGCUGACCACCUCAUGAUCCCAAUUCUACAAGAAAAGUUAAACUCCAAGCCCUGUGCCCAUCAAGGGUUUGUCUUGGACGGCUUCCCUGAGACCUAUGAGCAAGCCAAGAUGAUCUUCCUUGAUGAGGACUCAGAUGGAGAGGAAGGGAGGUCCAAAAUCCCUGGGUGCAACAAGAGAAUCACCCCAGAACAUGUUUUCGUCCUGGACGCAUCGGACACGUUCCUGUCGGAGAGAGCGCAGUCCCUGCCGCAGGGCGCGGCGGAGGAGGCGGGGUACACUCGCGAGGCGUUUGUGCCCCGCCUGGCCCAGUACCGGCUGACCACCAGCCUGGAGGAGACCCUCUGGGACUACUUUGACGAACAGGAGAUCCACCCUGUGCACAUCGAGGUGACCUUCGAUGACCCUGAGAGCGAGGCGGUGCUGAAGAUGAUAACGGAGGCGGUGGGUGAGCCUAAGAACUACGGCCCCAGCGAGGAGGAGCUGGCGGAGAAGGCCCGCCGCCUGGCGGCAGCCCAGCUGGAGGCACGGGCCCUGGGGGCCGUGGAGAAGAGGCGCAGAGACGAGGUGGAGCUGGGGGAGAUGGCCGCAAAGCACGAGGAGUGGAAGAGGAACCGGGAGGAGGUGAAGAGACAGGAGCGUGAGCUGAUGGAGGCGCGCUCGCUGCCUCUGAGGAACUACCUGAUGAAGUACGUCAUGCCUUCCCUCAGCCAGGCCAUGCUCGACUGCUGCGCUCAGAAACCAGAGGACCCCAUCGACUAUUUGGCGGAGCAUCUUCUGCAGAACGUGACAGAAGACUCAACGUAAAGGAAACCAUUCUGGGAGAAAUCCAGCAACAAAAAUGUUUUGCUAUUUAUUUUGUGGGAUUUUAUCCUGCUAUUAAUGGAAAAAAAAUAGUAUAUUGAACUUUGUUAACAUAAAAACGGUACCAUUGACAUAAUAAAUAUGCAACAAGUUCCACUGCAUCUCCCGUCA